AGUGAACGUCACACCAGACGCGUCACUUGACGCACGGGAGCAUCGCCGACUGACAUUUGAGGACACGGACGAGGAGUUCAGUCCGUCUCCCUCUUCUGUAAAGUACAUUGCGGAUUUGUAGUUGAUUUGUGCAGAUUUCUCCGUGUCAAAACCUAAAUCAGCUAGAAACCGAUCGAAUGCAGCCUCGUAGGAAACAGCUGUGACUCCGUCACUUCCAGAAUUCCUGUAAAGACCAAGUGGUUUCCCCAUGAUUCGUUGACCAUGAGACGGAGCCCAAGGAGACCGCUGAUCCUCAAGCGGAGGAAGUUGCCCUUUCAGCAAAAUGACGCGCCGGCGGCCGGGUCGCAGAGCCAGCCCGCUGCGCCCGUCUCCGAGGACCCUCCUGCGCCGGCUGCUGCGGGUCAGAGCUUCCCCGACGGCAUCCGCAUCAUGAACCACCCGUCCAUGUCCGACACUCAGGUGGUCGUCAUUCCCAAGACGGCGGACCUCCAGAGCGUCAUCGGGGCCCUCACCGCCAAGGGGAAGGAGUGUGGCACCCAGGGGCCGAACAAGUUCAUCCUCCUGAGCGAGAGCGGCGGCUGCAACGGUGGGUCCUUCGCUCGGACAGCCGGCGAGGGGCACAACGUCUCCUCCAGCAGCGCAGAAGGGCAACCAGGGGACGAAGACACCACGCCCGACUCCCCUGAUGCUAAACCGCUCAGUGGAAUUAAACCACUGAAAAGGGAGGCGGAAGGUGGCCCGUUGGACGACAGCCUCACCAACAUCCAGUGGCUGGGCAGAAUGAACACGUGCGCCCUGGAACCAGAUCCUGCCAAGCAGAUGGGCAACGACAAAGAAAACCAAACCCCAGAUUCACAGGCUUCGCAGGCGCACGAUGAGGAAAUGGUCGCAGAAGACGCUCAGCAGCCCACGAUGUCUGAGAGGCCGCCGUACUCCUACAUGGCCAUGAUCCAGUUCGCCAUCAACAGUCGGAAGAACAGGAUGAUGACGCUGAAGGAGAUUUACACGUGGAUAGAGGAGCACUUCCCGUACUUCAGGGAGGUGGCCAAACCCGGAUGGAAGAAUUCCAUCCGCCAUAACCUCUCUCUGCACGACAUGUUCAUUCGUGAGACGUCAACCGACGGGAAAGUGUCUUUCUGGACGAUCCGGCCUGAGGCGAAUCGAUGCCUCACUCUCGAUCAAGUGUACAGGCCUGGUUGCGACCCCAUGACGGCUCCCGUCCCGGUGCCAAUGCUUUUAUUUUCCCAACAACAGCAGAAGAAGGUGCUUCCUGAUGCAAGGAAAACAUCAACUGGCUCUGAGAGAAGGAUGAAGCCGCUCCUCCCCCGGACCGAUUCCUACCUGGUCCCUAUCCAGCUCCCAGUCGCCUCCUCCGUCUACCUGCCGCCGGCUUCGGCCCCAUUUGCCCCAUCCUGCGCCGCGCAGCAGCAGAAACGCAGCAUUUCACGGGGAACCAAGAGGGUGCGGAUCGCUCCCAAGGUGACGAAAAGCGACCCCCCGGUUGUGAUCUUGUAUUCCGAUGGGAAUGAUGACCCUAAGGCGGAGAUAAAGGAGGAGCCGAUACGUGUUCCGAUCAAAUGCGAGACUCCCAAGGCUCUUCCGAGGAGACAAGCCAGCAGCUCUCGGCGCAAACAGCGGCUGGUUCACUCGGUGCACGAGGAGCCAGUCCUCCUCUGUCCCAACAACACUUUCUUUGACUCCGGCGUCGCCUCGGACACCUCCACUUUCCAUGACGCACCGGAUGAGCAACACAGCCCCGAGCGGGAGUUCUCCUUCAAGACCCCCAUAAAAGGCAGCAGCCAACUGACCUCCUCCACGCCCAGCAAGCACCCCUCCAACGUCCUUCCCGAGCCCUGGAAGGUGACGCCCUCGGGGAAAGGCAGCGAAAGCGUUCUGGAUUUCAGCCCCAUCCGCACGCCGGGCGGCCCCGCCGUCACCCCGCGCCACGACUACACCACGUUCAGCUUCAGCAGCACCCCCUUCAAAGACUGGGCUCUGUUCAACUCCCCCAGAGAAAAGCUUGCGUCCGCCGCCUCCAGAGCGACGGGACCGACAGACUCUCCCCUCAAAUGGCACCAGAGCAGCAGCAGCAGCUUCUCCGGGGAGCUGCUGCUGGCGGGAGGCGCCAACCGCUCGAUCACGGAGGGCCUCGUCCUCGACACCAUGAACGACAGCCUGAGUAAGAUCCUCGUGGACAUUAGCUUCCCUGGCCUGGACGACGACGACCUCGGCAUGGCGAACAUCAGCUGGUCCGAGUUCCUCCCGCAGUUAAAGUAACAUUUUGUUACGCAUUUACAGUGUCAUAUGUUUUUUUCAAAACACUACGGGCGGGAAAAUCCCACACAGAAAUCGCAAAGCAGAUGCAAACACAGGAAGAAAUUACCAAUCUUUAAAAACUUAAAGAUAAAACAUUACACCAAGAAUAGAUCACUUCACCAGGAAUAUCACCACGAAUAUGAAACAUAUUCCUUAAACUCUUUCUGCCAAUUAGAAGUUGAGCUAAUUGGCUCAGAGAUACAAUUUUAAAUUAACUUAUUUGUAUAUUGAAAGGUAGAACAAAUGAUGUUCUAUAAUUUACUGUAUUUUUCUAUCUAUCUGGUGGAAAAUGAAAACAUUUUUCAUACAGCAUAAAUACACCAAAGCAAAACAUAAGCGACACUACAUCCUGUCAUCUUUACUUUAUUUUGUAAAUAUUUUUCAAAUAUGAACCAAAAUGUGUCUCCUUGUUUUGUUUUUUUUGCAUCUGCUUUGCUUUCUUCAAAUGUUUCUGGCUGCAUUUGGAAAUUAAUUCUUUUGGAACGAUUGACAGGGACAUUUUGAAUAACCAGAUCCAAUUAGCUGCUCAGCUGUCGUUCUUCACGUCGGACGUUUCUCCGGCUCGGCGCCUCUUUGUUUCUGCCACUCGGUCUUUGAUUUCUCUUCUCAUCUGUCCCUAUUCCGUCUGCGCUUUUGAAGGAAUCUCAAGAUAAAAUACGUCUAAGUAUUUAAGUCGAUUUGCACAUUUUUAAUAUAUAAAUUUAUCCGUUUACAUAUGUAAAUGGUAAGACAUUAUUAUUAUUAUUAUUAUUAUCUGAUCGGUCAGUGAGGUGAUGCUUCUGUGCCCGCUUCCUGGAAUCAGCCUUUUUUUAGAGUGUAAUGUUUUUUAGAUUGAUAGCAAUAAGGAGAGAGAGAAAAACUUAAAAAAGUAAUACAAACAGCAAUAGGAUUGUCUCACAUCAUCAUCAUUCGACUUUAAAAAUUCGCUCACAGUAAUGUAACUUUGCAGCAACAGAUUUCACAUCUAUGGGAAACAAAGCGCUUCACAUUUUCUAUCUGUACCGCAACAGAUUUAUUUUAAUAAACACACGUACUGCCUUUUUUUGUCAUGUAGCACAAAGAGGAAAAUAGUGGGAAAAUGCAGAACAGUUUUUUGCGUCACCGACUUUGGGAGGGUAGAAUGGGAUAUGUUCCCUUUAUAGAGAGGAGAGGAAAAAAAGAUGUUAGCCUGUGUGUGUUUUUAUAUGGGAGAGUUUUAAUACGUCGCAGUAACUUGAUCUGUUUACAGUUGCAGGACUCGUCUCUGUAGCAGACAGCUUCCACAGCAUGUGCCUUGUGUUUGUAUGACUGUUUAAAAAAAUAAAACCUGGUGUCGGUGCCUCAUUCUG